ACCGCAAAAUUUACACGUGCUGUUGUUUUAUUCGGAUAGCUUCUAUCAUGCGCAUAUGACAACCAUCUACCUACGUUAUGAUUUGACCACUUCAUUGGAAGCUCAUGAUUAAUUCCCAGCCAGAGGCUUCUCGGCUUCCACACUGAUAAUCGUUGUCCAUAUUCAUCAGGCUGUGCGAAGCCAUGAGGCCCCCUUCGCCUCCAGAUUCGGUGAGAGUCGCAGGUACUCCAAGCCAUGGCAGCGUUUCGCCGUUGCCUACAGCAGAUGACCCUGCAAAUAGUGCUCUCGUUGAAACUUCUGAAGAAGUUGACAUGAACAUCACGGUGAGGUCAGAGCCGGCCAAAACCGUCAGACGAGAAUUGCACGGCAUACAACUCUUUAUGAUCACGAUUAACGGAACUCUCGGGACUGGCUUAUAUGGCAGAACAGGUCAGAUCCUCGAGCUCGGGGGCCCAGUCGCUGUUGUCUUGUCUUUCUUUCUCGUUGGGUCACUAGCAUGGGCAGUCAUGCAGUGCAUCACCGAGCUACUGUGUAUCUGGCCCAUACCAGGUGCACUGUCAGUCUAUGUCACCGAGUUCGUAGACAAUGAACUUGGCAUAGCUGUUGGUGUUGCUUACUGGUUCACGUAUUCUGUUGGGUUUGCCGCCCUUAUUGCAUCUUCAGCCUCAUACAUAAACUUCUGGGCAUCCAACAUUCCAGGCUUUCUCAUAGGCGUUGUUUAUGUGACUGUUCCGAUUAUGUUGGUUUGUUUCAACACUUUAGACAUCAAGAAAUACGGCAUGCUAGAAGUGAUUACUGGGAGCAUCAAAAUAAUUUUGCUAUUCAUCAUCAUCGUUGUAUCAAUUGCCAUACAUGCGAAAAACAAAAUAUCAUCGAAGGCCAGGGAAGGUUGGGAAACCCCUCAGGCUCAUGAUACCGAGGCAGCAAACGACUGGGGUACAGCUUUGAUGAUGUCAACCUCGGUCGCGGCUUUUGCCUACGUCGGCGUGGAGAUUGUCGCAGCUUCUGCACUCGAAACACAUUGGUCAAAACCUCGUCGACAACGCAAGGAUCGAGAGAAAGGCGAGCUGCAGCGUAAACCAUCUCACCAUGAUGAUUUUCAGAGUUCAAUUGCCAAUACGCUCAAGUUCACUGCAGUUUGGGUCACAGUCCUGAUAACGGUGGCAUACGUGGUUAGCGGAUUACUGGUCACAUUGGGUUUCGAGAGGGACAAUUGUCAGUUGACCAGAUUGAGCUGGGUUCAAGCUCCCGACAAGUGUAGCAACCAGAAUCCAGACGGGAGAAAGUCGUCAUCGCCAUUUGUCCUUAUGGCCCAAAAUUCAGGCAUCUAUGGUCUUGACGACGCGGUAAAUGCUGCCUUAGUAUUCACAGCCAUCACUUGCGCAAACACCAACCUUUAUGUGGCUUCUAGGACUCUCUUCGGGAUCACGAGCAGUCUAGACGGUGGAUACGACCAACGAGUCAUAGUAAGAUGCUUGGCUUGGCUAGGACAGACGAACAAGAGCCAAGUUCCGAUGCGAGCUAUGAUUUUGUCUGCACUGGCAUUCUGCUGGGUACCAUUUCUGCAGGAAGACGGCGGUUUCAAUACCGACACUACAAUUGGCAAGUUCAUCGAAAUCCUGGCUCAGAUGGGAUCUGUUGGUGUUGCUAUUGUGUGGGCAUGUGAGUCUUUCGCCUACAUUCGAUUUUACCGAUGUAUUCAAAGACACCAGAAGGCUCUUCGAGCUCGCCAGAUACCCCUUGUCCAGCGUUGGAAUAUCGAACAAGACGAUUAUCCAUAUCGCAGUCACGGUCAGCCAUUCUUGGGCUACGUUGCAUUCGCUGGCUGCAUAGUCAUUCUAGGGGUAUCCAAUGGGGCCGCUUUGUGGAAAGAGUUUCACUGGAUUCCAUUCCUAUCAUCCUAUCUGAUUAUUUUUGCGUUUGUCUGCCUCUGGGUAGCACUCAAAAUAUUCAGAAACGCAAGAUGGAAGCUGGCUGACCUCUCCAGCGAAGAUAAAGCGAUUAGAGUCAUUGAGAACCUCCACCAGCUUCGGGCCAGAACUCUGUGAAGUACUGUGGUGGAUGAACCCCGAUGUACUGCCACAGCAGGGAGUAUGCGUUGAAGUUGGGAUUGCAACUUAGAUUCAAAGAUAUGUAUAGAUGGAUACUCCCUCCCCCUCAAUAGCUUUGAUGGGGCUAGGCAGUAGGGAAAUAAUAUGUUUCAACAGCGGCGCGACCUAUAUAGGACAGAUGCAGGAAAAGCUCAAGAGUGAGAAAGGCUUCGAUGAUAGCUAGAGGAAGAGAAACCCCGGACCUUCUUCGAUAAUAGGCAUUCAACAGCAAUUUAGUUUAUUUUACAGAAACCACUGUUGGAGAC